UUAAGUUUUUUUUUUAAUAGUUUUCGCGUGACAUUACCCAUUUUUUUUUCUUGAAAGUUAAUUACAAUUUUUUUUUUAAAUUUAAAUAAAGCCAAUUAAUUUAAUUAUGUUCAGACGAUUAUUUUGGCUUUUUCUCUUAUUAAAUUACGUUUACGGAAAAUCCAAAUUACCUUCAUUCAUAAACAUUUGCCAUAAAUCUGAUCCGAACAUUAAGCAAUGCCUGAUAAACUCAAUAGAGAGCCUAAGACCCUUUCUGGCGAAUGGUAUAGAAGAGUUGGGAAUACCAAGCUGUGAACCCCUAGUUAUUUCAGAGGUAUUGAUCGACCAAGGAAAUGGACCUGUAUCGGUUAAAAGCACUUAUAAGAACAUAAAAGUCUUUGGACCGUCUGAGUUCCUAUUAAGAAAUGUAAAGAUUAAUCUGGACAAGGACCGAUUCAAGAUCAAACUGUUCAUUCCGAAAUUGAAUAUCAGCACGGAUUAUACAAUGGACGGUAAAAUUUUGAUGAUGCCUAUUAGCGGAUCUGGAGCAAGUACUGGAAACUACAGUAAUGUAGAGGCUAUCAUGACAAUGAAGGCAAAAAAAAUUCAAAAGGACGAAGAAACUUAUUAUAAUAUAGAAGAUUGCUAUGUUGACUUUAAUAUCGGGCAUGCCGAGUUACAUUUUGAUAAUUUAUUUAACGGAAACGAGGAGCUAGGUGCAUCAAUGAAUUUAUUUCUAAACGACAAUUGGAAGAGCGUGGUGAACGAGAUCAAACCAGUUUUGGAGGAUAGGAUAGCGGGGAUCUUUAAGAAGUUUGCCAACAAGAUUUUCCAUAAAUAUCCCAUUUCCAUGCUGUUUCCCGAGUGAUACAGUUACAAUAAUUAAUUAGUUAAUAAUAAAAACAUGUCGAUCCUAA